AUGGAUGUCGACAAGGUGAUUCGGGCCUUCGAAAAUUGGCCAAAGGCGAAAGACUUUCGAUACGCCUGCCCACCACCAUCAGGCCUGCUGCGACGCACCGUGAAUCCACCGCCCCCGCCGCCGACCAUCCAAGUCAUUCUGGUGUACGGCUCAAUUUACGAGAUGAUUCACAAGAUCGUGCCAUCUCUGGCGGGACAUCUCGGAAAUUGGGGCAUUUUGAACAUCAGCGAUCUGUUGUAUACGCUCAACAAGCUUCCUCACGACCACCCUGCCAAGAAGGAUGUGCUGUGCAACAUGGAUCGCUAUGCUCUCGAGGAGUGCUCCGUUCGCAAGCUCAAUCCAUCCCCUCAGCUUCUGAUCGACAUCGUCAAGUGCCAGAUCGACGAACAUGUCGCUGUCGGCCACAGGAAGUUUAUGAUCUAUGGUCUGCCAUCAGGUGCCGGCCCGCUCCAUUGGUUUCGCGAGAAGAUUGCUGAGCCAAACGCCAUCAUCAUUCUGCAAGAUCCAGAGCCACUGCCAUGGCACGCGCAAGUGAAAGACUACUACAGGGUGGGGAGGAAGACUGACAAAGUCCUCAUCGUGCCGGUCGUCGAGAACUCUACCGUGAAGACAUACGAGAGACUGCUGAGCGCAUUGCGUCAAAGGAUACAGGCAAGCAUGAGAGCUACCAAGCCAGCUGGGGAAAUGGCUGUAGCUCAUGUACCCGAAAACCACGCGACCGCAACCACUGAUACAUCUACACCACCUGCCAAGGGUCCCCAGAUCGAUAGAACAGAUACGCCGAUGGUAGAUGGAGGUGAUGAAGACCCAAUGGACACUGGGCAAGACGCAUUGGGAUCAAAGUGA